UACAUUAAUCAUGCAUGUCUUUCCACAGAUAAGCCACAAUGGGUGCUUACAAGUACAUCCAAGAGUUAUGGAGGAAGAAACAGUCAGAUGUGAUGCGUUUCCUCUUGCGUGUCCGAUGCUGGCAGUAUCGCCAGUUGUCUGCCCUCCAUCGAGCUCCACGACCUACCAGGCCAGACAAAGCUCGCAGACUGGGGUAUAAGGCUAAACAAGGUUAUGUCAUCUACCGCAUUCGUGUUCGCCGUGGUGGCCGUAAACGUCCAGUACCUAAGGGUGCUACGUAUGGUAAACCUGUGCAUCAUGGUGUCAAUCAGCUUAAAUUUGCCCGGAGUUUGCAGUCUGUAGCAGAAGAGCGCGCAGGUCGCCACUGUGGAGCUUUGAGAGUACUAAACUCCUACUGGGUGGGUGAAGACUCCACAUACAAAUUCUUUGAGGUCAUUCUGAUUGACCCCUUCCACAAGGCUAUCAGGCGCAAUCCUGACACCCAAUGGAUCACCAAGCCAGUCCACAAGCACAGAGAGAUGCGUGGGUUGACCUCUGCGGGCAGGAAGAGCCGUGGCCUUGGAAAAGGCCACAAAUUCCAUCAUACCAUUGGUGGUUCCCGCCGUGCUGCCUGGAGACGACGCAACACCUUGCAGCUUCACCGUUACCGCUGAGUCUUUUGUUUGUAAAUUUCCUAUUCUAAUAAAGCUGACCAGAGGCUUUACAUUCCCA